AUGGGAAUGCAAGGUCCUUUGACUGCCCAAGCCCUUGGGCGGUCACCUUAUGAUGAUGUCGUAGAAUGGGAUAGUGACCAUGACGAUUUACAGAAUGGCGGCGAUUCUAAUCAACAGUUCGACCACCGCGGUCGUCCCAUAAAUCCUGAGACAAAAAGAAUCAACAGAGACAUCAUCAGAUCGCAUAAUGAGGUUAUGUUGGUCAUUGGUGUUGCUGAGCAGGAGAACCCGACCACAAGUCCUGAGGCCGAAUCUGACAAACGACAUGCCGUCUACGAAGACGAUGUAGGCACAAACCUUGCCGUUUCAGCUCUUCGCUGCGUGGAUGCCGCUGGUGCUUUCGGUUUGGAUGGUUUUCGCCAGCGUAUACUGCUCUGCUGUGGCGAGAUCGGCCAGACAGAUUGUUUGGCCGUCGAUUUGUCCAUGAAAUAUGGUCGGAUGACCACCACUUGGAUCCCACCCGACAGACCUCGCGAAAGGCCAGAGCAUCGACGGAACCGUAGUUCCAUUCAUGAUGUUUCGCCGAUCAGACCUGUUGACGGGCAAAUGCCCAGCGAUACAGGCCCAGUGGAAGCUGUCCGACGACCCAGCACUUUCUCAGCCAGAGGGGACGACUACGCGAGUGACGAAGAGGACAAUGAAGGGGUCAGCGCUACCCUGAUCAGUUUUGACGUUGAAGCUACUGCCGAAACAAGUGAAGCACCUCCUGGGCUCUGGAGUGCGGAACUGAGACCGAGUGUCGACGCAAGAGGAGCGAUCAUUCCCACAACAACUUACUGUGAUACCAUGCUAACGCAGCUCCCUCCCCUCAUCGCUUCGCAUAUAUUUGCUGACGCAGCCCUGAGAUUGGCAACUGCACCCUGGGAGGCGACAGCACUUCGCUUAAUAGCAGGAACUUUUCGUCAACGCCUUGGCCUUUCAACCCAUGACAUCUGCGGGAUCAACCUUUUGGGAGAGAUGAAUCUCACAUUCGCUAUCAACUUUCUCGGCAGCCAAGUGUUGCAUCUGGCCGUGUGCGGCGAGGUUUGGGCUGCCUUUACAGCCGUUGCCACCGUCUUUCAUACAAGCCCUGAAGAAUGGCGUGAGGCUGAAGAAGAGGAGCAGGGGAACCGAGCAGAUUGGCAGGAUGAGAGAAUCUGA